AUGGAUGACCGACUCAUGUCGAACUUCUCAAACGACAACAGCAAGAAUGGAGAAGCAGGUCGAAAUGUCAAGGAAGUCUUUCUGGAACAAAUUUGGCCCAAACUGGAGAGAGACUACCAAACAAUGUCCAACGAGCUUGCAAAAGCCUGCAAAGCUGAGUUGACCGACCGCAGCGUCCCAAUCCCGGUUGCAGUCGAAGAUCGAGUCAAAUCACGGACAUCUAUCUCAAAGUCAUUGCAGCGAGGGGAGGUAUACAGAAACAAGGAAAACCUAGGAAUGUACAAAGACCUUCACGAUAUCUUGGAAGAUCUGCACGAUCUCGUCGGUAUUCGUAUCAUUGUUGAAUACCUUGAUCAUCUCAAGGAUGUGUCUGAAUUUGUCACUGGCAGCUUCAACCAGAAGAAGAAGCCAAAUCGUUUCCACGCAAACCGCAAAGUCGGUCACUUGUGGCAGCCAUGGUUCGGAGCCUAUGAGUGCAUGAACUAUCAUGUCUCGUCCAAGUUUGGAGAGGAUAACCGGCUCAGCACAUACAAUGGUGUUAUUUUUGAAAUCCAAGUUACAAGCCUUCCUACAAAUAUGUAUAACAAGAUCGCCCAUCCAUUGCUAUAUAAGGAAGAGGCUGGGCCGUUGUCACAGGGAGAAGAAAUCGUGGUUGAUAUCACCAAGGGGCUUGCUUAUUGCUACUCGCUUUGUUUACACUUCAAGAGAUCCAAGCUAGGUGGAAACAUCGACAAGCAAGAGGAUAUUGAACUUUUGAGGAAUAUGCCCUCAGAUUCCGAGGAACUAGACGAAUCCAGCAUCAGUUUCCCAGCUGGGAGAAUCCCCAAACUGGACGUUGCAGCUGGUAGGACCAUGGAUAUCCCGCGAGAGUCAUUGAGAAUGGUCCUCGACAGUCUUUUAAACGAUAAGAUGCCGGACGAUAUAGGACAAGCUCUUGUUGAUAGGUUCAGUCGCGAGAUUGAAGACAUUGGUCAGCCUCCAAUCAAUUUAGUUACUUCCGGGGAGGCACGUUUCGACAGUCGAGAUGUUUUCUCAAGCCCUGUCUGUCAAGCAGGAACCCAAAUCAGCGCAAUACAAUACAUACACGACUGGAUCAAUAAGGGCGAGAAAGCAUUGCUAUGGAUUUACAGUCAUGCUGGAACGGAGAAAUCGACCUUGGCCAGAACAAUAGCAAGGGAAUUGGCUGAAACUGGCCAGAUUGCCGCUGGAUACUUCUUCAAGCGCGGAGUUGCUGACCGAAACGAUGUGUCUCGUGUGUUUCCGACUAUAGCGAGCCAGCUCAUGACUACCAUUCCGCGUUAUGAAUCAAUUUUAAGAAAGUCCAUUAUUGCGUCUAAGAACCCAGAUAUCGAUACGAUGCGCCUUGAUGAGCAGUUCAGGGUGCUUAUUAAAGGUCCACUAUCGGAAAUAGACAUUCUCGCCUCGACUAAAGUCAUCAUCAUCGAUGCACUCGACGAAUGCACUGAUCUAAUUAACGCGGCUAAGAUCAUAAAUCUACUGAGCAGCCUGAGGAGCUCGAGUCCCUUGCAAUUUCGUCUCUUAGUCACUAGUCGCGACGAAGACUUGGCCCGAGAGGCUAUCGAACACCAGGAACACAUUCCACUGCCACUGGCCACCAAGUUUCGCGAAGACAACAUCUCAGAUAUCAGGUCAAUUCUGACACUCGGCUUUGAGAAUCUUAGAAAGGAGACAAAAAUCAACCAUACUUGGCCAAAGGAAGAGCAAUUUGAGAUAGUAUGGCAACGCUCAGUUGAACCUUCUCCUCUUUUUAUUUAUGCCGCUACUUUGCUGAGGUUUCUCAAUAAUGCCAAGCGAACCGGCUAUCUUGAACAACGUCUAGAUAAGUGGAUCGAGAAGGGCCCUGGCACAGCUGAUGCAUCACAACUUGAAGUGAUGUACACAACAGUGUUUGAAAACCUAGACCGCAACAUGGAUGAUGGAAUCUCCGGUUUUCUUAUGGAUGAAGAGAAGGAAGAUCUACAAGCAAUUCUGGGCACAAUUGUUCUCGCCACUGAGCCGUUGUCGAGAGAGGCAAUUUCUUCGAUUUCAAGAGUUGCAUUGGGUAAGACUAGAGGCCUACUUAAUCUCUGCCGUACGGUACUGGAGAUCUCGGACAACGACCAAAAGCCUGUCGAGACAGUACACAAGUCUUUCAGUGACUUCCUACUAAGGAAACCCACGGAUGGAAGGAUAAGGUCGUGGUAUUAUGCCGAUGAGGUCAAACUGAAUGAUCGUAUAGCAGAGAGAUGUGUGAGGCUUCUACGAACCCUAAGGAAGGAUAUUUGCGACUUCAAAGAUCCUGCAGUAUCAAGGGAAGCCAUCAAUCCCAAUGUUAUUGAGACUCACAUUCCCAGCAGCGUCCAGUACGCAUCUUCAUAUUGGUGGCAUCAUCUGCAGAGGGGAGACAAGCAGGGCCCCUCAUAUGAUUAUCUGCUACCGAUCCUAAAAACCCAUUUUCUCCAUUGGAUUGAAUGUCUGUCAAUUCUUGAUCGGCUUCCAUUUGCCUCAAAGGCUGAGCAUCCAUCCGAGUCCGUGCAUCUUCUUGUUCCAUUCUUAAAAGACGCUAGACGAUUUAUCCUCAGACAUGGUUAUACCAUCCGAGAGAACCCAUUGCAGACCUACGGUGCAGCCCUUAUAUUUAGUCCCGUGGAAAGCAUUGUCAGGCCCAGCUUCUGGGAGACCCGGAAUCCUGGAUUUAGAGUCAUUCGCAACUUGGAACAUCGCUGGGGUCCUUGUUUGAAAAAGGUCAAGGAUCUUUCGUCCAUUUCUUCGAUUUCCGUAUCACAUGAUGGGCAAGAACUAGCUAUGGCUGGUCACUCUAACGACAGAACCUUGCCUUCAGUAUGGAUUCGCAAUACAGGAGACGGGAUUCUUCUUGCGCGAUUCAGCACAGAGACCCCGUUGCUCGCUCUGACAUGGUCUUGUGACGGGAAUUACCUCCUCGCUAUCACAGAAUUCGGUGAGGUUGUGCGCCUCGACCGAGCGAUUGAGACAACAAAUUCUUUUGGGUUUUCAAUAUACGCGACAGCUAGAGGGAACCUUUUAGCUUUGACCGUUCUCAUGUUUCCGUCUAGGGCCUGCGAGCAUCUCCGCCUUCCCAAGAACUUCGUGGCUGACGCCAUGGCAAUUUUACCGGAUUACACGACUAUAUUCACGACGUCUCACAUCUAUUUCACGUCUUGGGACCUUGAAGCCUUUAGUUCCAUUGUUGAAGCCCCCCAGCAAUCAGAUUCGCGACGUUUGGAUGAUGGCUGUCCCAUAAAGAAAGUCGCUAUAUCGCCCAGUGGUCAAUUCAUGAUUAUUUCAAGUGAAGACGAGCAAAGCCUGAGCCUUUGGCGUCUCCCCGAAGCCACAUUUGAAAGAAGCUUGACAGUGAAAUCAUCAUUGGAGAGGUAUGACUGGUCAUUCUCCCAACCAAGUGAUAUCUCCAAAGAUAAGGAGGCUUUCAUACUGCUAGUGACUGAUGCCGCUCAUAUUUGGUUCUUGGAAAGAAUAGAGGACACACACAUCAAACAUCCAAGCAGCAUGAAGCUCCCAAUGGGAGAUCUCUGCCUCGGUUCUAUAAGCGCGCAUAGGAAAGAAAUAUCGAAACUGAGCAAUCGGCAUCCAAAGUACGCUCCACUGGGUAUCACUCCUCAGCAUGUCAAUCUAUCGAUGACUGAUGGAAGAAUGGCUGCUGUCAGCUUCAAUGAUACAGUUGAGGUCUCCGAAUUAGGUUCAAGCGCCAAGUUGUACUUUGAUUUCAAGGAACCCGGAAACCACCCAAUCAGUGCAAUUGCUCUCUCGCCAACCUCGACAUACUUAGCAAUAUCCUAUGGUACUACUAUAAGGAUCUAG